UACUCUCUCUUCUUCAUCAACCACACACUCAUUCUUAAUUACUUUACAUUUUCUUCUUCAUUAUCAACAUAUUUAUAACAAUCAUGGCCGUCUUCACUUUUGAGGAUGAAAUCACCUCCACCGUGCCCCCUGCCAAGCUUUACAAUGCUUUGAAGGAUGCCGACUCCAUCACCCCUAAGAUUAUUGAUGACGUCAAGAGUGUUGAAAUCGUUGAGGGAAACGGUGGUCCUGGAACCAUCAAGAAACUCACCAUUGUCGAGGGUGGGGAAUCCAAGUUUAUCUUGCACAAGGUGGAGGCAAUAGAUGAGGCCAACUAUGCAUACAACUACAGCGUUGUUGGAGGAGUGGCUCUGCCUUCCACGGCGGAGAAGAUAACAUUUGAGACAAAGCUGGUUGAAGGACCCAACGGAGGAUCCAUUGGGAAGCUGACUCUCAAGUACCACUCCAAAGGAGAUGCAAAGCCAGAUGAGGAAGAGUUGAAGAAGGGUAAGGCCAAGGGUGAAGGUCUCUUCAGGGCUAUUGAGGGUUACGUCUUGGCCAACCCUGCUCUCUAUUGAUUACAACAACAUCAUCAAUAAUUCUGUGUCGUUCAAUGUUGCAUGUUUCUUGUGCCAACCAAAUUUGUGUGCUUGAUUUCUAAUAAGCAUGCCCUCUUUAUUAUUAUUAUUUUUUUUUUUACUUUCCUUCCUGUGUGGCAUCGCAUAGUAAAAUUUGAGUCUUUGUAUCCCACUUCAUCAAUAUAAAAAGUUAGUACGUUUUUUUUUUUUGAA